AUGUCCGACGAGGAUAUCUACGAUGCCUCUCCUCCAAGAGCCAGAAAUCUGGAGGUGAGAAACAAGGGCAAACGGACGUCAGAUAGCCAUGAAGGCCCCUCGGCAACAAGGCGGCGUGUUAGGGACCCAUCGCCGCCCAACCCCGACGCAAAUGGCGAUCUCGACGAGUAUGAUCCUGCCCAGUCAAUGCAGGAACGGCGGGAGAUCCAGAGGAAGCUGCGAGAUAUGCAGAGGGAAAUGAGAGAGAACCCCGAUCAGUUCAAAGGCGAAAAAGCAAUCAGUUACUUCGAGCAGUCAGACAAUCUUAUGCGCCAUGUCAAGCAGACCAACGAGGCCGCCAUUGAAGCUCGCGGUCUAGUCAUGGCCGCCGACUUGGUUGCGCGGAGGGCCCAGCGGGAAACAGCAGGCAACAUCGGCGGCCUUGAUGUCGAUGAAUUCGUUUCGAAGUGCAUCACCUACAUGCGUCAUGGCCGCGGCUUUGAGGACGAUAACGCCCCGGAACUUACCAGCACACAACGCCACAGGAGACGGCCUGCACGUGCCGCUGCCGACUCCGACGACGAAGAUGACACAGGCGACGAAGGCGACAUGCUAAACUGGACACACCUGGGCCGAUAUGCUGCCGUUCCUAGCGUACGCAGACCAGCUCUGCCUGGCUUCCUCUCAGGCCCUCUGUCCAUCGAGAAGAAAACCCGAAGAAUGACACAACGCAGCGCUACCUUCAAGAUCAACAGCCUUGUUGAGGUGAGACCGCAGGAGUUGAGGGCCGAGGAUCUGAAAAAAUCCGACAAGAACGAUCUUCCGUCUAUUUGCAGGAACAUUCUGGGACAACUCGAAAAGAAGCAGAUUGAGGCGCAAGAUGCCGUGGAGUCUCUCCUCAAUAGCCAUGAGGUUGACGAUCCCGAGCAAGAGUUCCUCAUUAUGGAAAAGUACGCGCUGCAUGAAACAGGAGGCAUUGAUCUUCUACGCUUUGUAAUCAACCCCCGCUCCUUUGGCCAGACGGUCGAAAACAUGUUCUACGUGAGCUUCCUGCUACGAGAAGGAGGCAUCAAGCUGGAAUUCGACUCAUAUGGUCGUCCAUCUCUGUCCACCCAGUUCAAUGCAGACGUGCAAGAAAAGGCCCAAGGAAGACACGGCACCACACGACAUCAGGCCAUCAUGUCGAUCGAUAUGCCCAUCUGGCGAGACAUCAUCAAUGCUUACAACAUCAAAGAACCCAUGAUCGAGCACCGAGAGGAGGAAAGCCAGCAAGGUCCAGGGGCACAAGGAUGGUAUAGCUAA